AACGGCAGCAAUGGCCGCUUUCCGCAGAGUGGCAGCACUGGCAGGCAAGCUGAACCUGUGGUCCGCGGCAAGAGGCGAACUCGUCGGAGCGGUUCAUGGAAGAAGGAGUCGGACCCGUCUUGCUGUCGGGAUGUGCGCUGCUGCGGGAGGCGCCGUCGCUUUUUACUUUUAUAACAACAUAACGACAGGCAGGAAGGGGGUGAUGAUGAGGAGACACAUCAGCAUCAACGACUUGCUCUCGUCCAUCCCGACCGUCGAAGCCAAGGAGAAGGCACGUCCGUUCGACUUUGAGGAUGGUGAUGUGUACAUGUCUUCCCACGAACAUCGUUUCCGAAUGUUCAGCUCGGUGGAGUAUGAAGGACAGCUCUACAUGACGCCGCAGAACUUCAUCGAGUCAGUGACCAUGAGCGAACCAAGAAACAAGAGGCCCUGGAGGUCCCUGACCAAACAGGAGUUAGAGAAGAUACUAUCAGAUACCCCCCCAGUAUGGAGAGGAUCCUCCAAACUUUUUCGCAACUUGAGAGACCGAGGCAUCAUCUCCUACACGGAGUACCUGUUCCUGCUCUGCAUCCUGACAAAACCUCAUGCUGGCUUUAAGAUUGCUUUCAAUAUGUUUGAUGCAGAUGGCAACCAGAUGGUGGACAAGAGGGAGUUCUUAGUGCUUCAAGAGAUCUUCCGUAAGAAAAAUGAGAAAAAAGGAAGGAAAGGAGAUGCAGAGAAGUCAGCGCAGUUGAGUAUGCAGCUGUAUGGAUAUCAGGUUGCGCCCAUGAACAGCGUGCUAAAAAGAGACAGUCAAGAGUUUGUGGCACGAAGUUACUGGGACGUUUUGAGGCGAAGCGCCAGUCAAGUCCUCUUUUCUGACCUGGCGGAGCGCUCGGAUGAGAGCAUCACUAUUGAUACGACUCUACUGGUGCAUUUCUUUGGAAAGAAAGGGAAAGCGGAGCUCACGUUUGAUGAUUUCUACAGAUUCAUGGAUAACCUCCAGACUGAGGUGUUGGAAAUCGAGUUUCUCACCUACUCAAAGGGGAUGACUACCAUCAGCGAGGAGGACUUUGCCAAAAUCCUGCUGCGUUUUACCAACGUGGAGAACAUCAACGCCUACAUGGAGAACGUCCGCCAGUGCAUUCCUGAUGAAAAGCAGGAGGGAAUAACCUUCGAUGAGUUCAGAUCAUUCUUCCAGUUUCUCAAUAACCUUGAAGACUUUGCCAUUGCCAUGCAGAUGUACAACUUUGCUUCACGCUCAAUCGGACAAGAUGAGUUCGCAAGAGCGGUGUAUGUGGCCACAGGGCUGAAACUGACACGCCACCUCGUGAACACCAUCUUCAAGAUCUUUGACGUCGAUCAUGAUGACCAGCUCUCCUACAAGGAGUUCAUUGGCAUCAUGAAGGACCGCCUGCACAGAGGAGCCAGGGGCUAUAAAGCAGUGGAGCGAGCAUCUUCCUUUAAAUCGUGUCUGAAGAAGGAGCUGGCGAGCAGCAGGUGAAGGACCAACAUUAUGCCUCCAUCUCCAGCUGUGCUUGGACUGAGGCUUGAAGAAGACAGCGUUGGAAAAGAUAUGAAGAAAAAUUUUCGAGAACUCAUAUUUCCAAUAUAUCAGCAGUGAGAUUGAGCAGCAGUGUAUAAAUAAAGGUUGAAUGAAUUGUGCUUUCAAUUGUAUAGUUUUAAUCAAUCCUUAAAUCUGAAAAUGAUCACAAGUAUGGCUACACUGACGGAUGUUUUCUUAAUCAAUUUUUAAGCGAACUUGUGUAAAAUAAUUUAUUUCAUUUUAUUUUUAUCAGUUUAAAUCUGAUGCCAAAACAUAGGAUAA